AUGGUCUCGUCCUCGGGCUCCUCCACCUUGCUGAUGCCGCUGUCGGAUGGUGGCAUCCGACACCUUUUGGCAGGUGCGCGAGCCAGCGUGGGCUUGAAGGCGGGAAGAUAUCUCUUCGAGGCCAAAGUCCUCGAGCAUGUGCAGCGACAAGAGGAUGGCGCCAAGCCAACUCCCAAGCACAUCCUCAGACUGGGAUUUUCCACCAAAGACUCCCCGCUGCUCAUGGGUGGAACUACGGAUGUGUGCUUCGACAUGGAGGGCUUCCUCAUCCAGGAGGGCAAGAGGACUCCGCUGGGCGUGGGCACCAGAUAUGGCAAAGGUAGUGUGGUGGGAGUGCUGCUGAACUUGGACAAGAAGAGUCCCAAUGCGAAGACCUUGUUCCCCACCAUCAACUACCGCAACGUGGCCGUGAGUGUGAGCUUCUCUGGGUGCCAAGCGGCGCUGCCCUUCACCUGCGACAUGGUGCAGGACGCCAUGGUCUCGCAUAGCGUGGUCACGCCAGCAGACACCACAACGGAGUUCGAGGUCCUGUUCCCUUGCUGUUUGCCCGACCAAGGUGGCUUCGAUUGGCUGGAUUUGUUCAAAGCCAAGAACCCGCAAUACAUCGAGCUGUCGGAUCGGAUGAUCAUGGACUGGGCCGAGAAGAGCCGUGGUAGCGACGUGGGGAAUAGGGACGGGAGCGGCAUCACCUGCCCCAAGCUGCCGGGCAGCAACGACAAGCCGGAGAUGAAGUUCGGCAUCCCGGAGAUGGAGGAUAUGAGCAUCCGGAGGAUGAUUUCAUCGAUGGCUCCUUUGCAGAAGCGAAAUUACAUCAUCAUGGAGAUGCGGUCGAACCUCAUCAAGGAGUUGCGCACCGACGGCGUCGCCCGGUUCUUCGACAGUUCCUUCAAGAAGAGGGCGUUCGUGGUGAUGGGCGAUCCUAGCAUCGAGUUCAAGAAGAAGUCCCAGGAGCUGCUUCUGAAAGAUAAGCAGGAGCAAAUUGAUGCGCAGUUCAAGAAAGAGAAGGAAGAGGCCAACCGGAAGAAGAUGAUGGAGAAGAAGCAGAAAGAGGCUGAGAAGGCCAAGAAAAAGGCCGAAAAAGAGCGACUUAAGAAGAUGGAGGAGUUUAAGAAGAGCCAGGAGAAGGCCAAGAAGGAGGCCGAACGAAAGAAGGCAGAGGCCCCCGGACGGGGGGAUGUGAUAAGGGUAGGCAAGGAGGCUCAAGAUGAGGAGAUGGAGGAGGAGGACGAAGAUGAGGUUGAGGAGGAUGAGGUUGAGGUGGAAGAGGACCCACCGAAGGCUACCCUCACGCCUGAGGCCAGUCGGGAUGCACGCGCGGGGAUGCGCCGCUGCGUCUUCGCUGAACUCGGUCGCUCCGGAGGCUUCACCAAGUUCACGUUGCCCGACCUGGAGGAGGGUUUCGACGAUGUGCACUUCGAAUGGACCAAGGGAGGCAAGGCGGCCGAAGUGCUGCAGAAGUGGAUCAUGGAACGCAAGCUCACCAGCCGAGUGGAAGAUUUGAGCCCCUCCGCGUGGUUCAAGACGAAGUGGUCCGCUUGGCAGAAGCAAGUUCAUACCUGGCAGAACAAGCAGACCGAGUACAAGGGAAAGAUGCAAAAGAAGGCCACGGAGAAAGCGUCGCCUGGCGGCAUGAACCGCAGGCAGAAGGAAGCGAGGAAGCUGCAAGCGGCCAAGGUGGCAGAGGCCAAAGCAGCAGCGGAGAAGGCGAAGAAGGAACAGGAGAAGGCGGAGAAGGAAGACGAGGAGGAAGAGAAGGAGGAGGAAGAGGUGAAAGAAGAGGAGGAGAAGGUAGAUCCGAUGGAAGUCGAUGAAGAGGAAGAGGAGGAACGCGGAUUCCGGCCUUGGCGUGGAUUCCGGCCGCUCUACAAAGACUUCACGGCGGAGGAUUGGACCCUGAUGUCCUUGUGCUACGAGCUCCACCUGAUGGCUGGGGCCUUUAAGAAGGAUUGCGAUGAUCCGGAUCGCAAGGGCAUCAUCCUGGAGCAUUUGGGCUUCUACUACAACCGAUACUAUGCCAAGAACCUCACCCCCAAGAACUACGGCGUCGAGUCCGAGGCCGAUCUGGUGAACCUGGCCAAGGACGGAACCGACUGCGUCUUUGUGAACAAGGACAAGGUCUUGGAAUCGUUGCUGGACGACGAGAUCGAGUAUCCUCAGGUCUUCGUGAAGAUCGCCGAGGAGGGCCGGCGGCACCGGGCGCUGCUGGUGGACAUGGGCGACGAGUCGGCGAAGCUGAAGUUCGUGGUACCCAAGGGCCCCAUGAAAGGCCGGCCCGGCUACACGAUCGGUCGGCUCCGUUCGGCGGAGGACGCGGGAGGACACGGGAGGACGGAGCGGACGGAAGAGCUCGGGCGCGGCGCUCGCGUCGAACGAGUGGCGAGGGGCUAUCGCUGUGAGGUUGCCAGGACGCUAAUUACUAGGUUGGAGGCCAUCGCUAUGAGGUUGGAGAAUGGUUGGAGGCCAUUGCUAGUAGGGUGGAGGCAAUCGCUAAUAGGGUGGAGGCCAGUAGAAGAGCCUAGAAGAGCCUUCCCCCCAAAAAGAAGCGAGCUGCUGAGGCAAGCGAGGAAGGUUGGGGCGACUUGGGGCGGUGAUAAGUGGAACCGAGUGGAACCAUGUUGGGGGGUUAUGAGGGAUGGGGGAUGA